AUGUCCAAUGAAUCAGAAAAACUUGUCCGAAAGCUGGUAGUAGGUCGACGACGCUCAAAUACUAUCAUGGAUGAUCCUCACCUUCCACGGGGCCAUCGUCAAGCGUACCUACCGUAUCUUCACACGAUGGAGGUUCGCUGUUACCAAAGGAGAAUAUUAGUUAGACAUUUUUUUGACGAGAACAUUUUCCUUUUUUCACCCCAUCACAACCACUUCUGUACAUCGACCAAUUUCUGCCACCAAUUCAAACUCGCCUCUUCAAACUUCAAACCAACACUAUCAACCACAAUGUCUGGCCGCAACAACAACUGGCGAGGUGCCUCUCGGGGCGGCGGCUUCGGCCGCGGGGGCAACCCCCCUCGUGGUUCUCGUAAUUCUACCCCUUAUUCGCGCCCAUCUCGGGCAUCUUCCUCCUCGUCCCAGCAGCAGCAGCAGCAGCCUCAACAGACGGCCCCCGAGGCCAAGAAGAAUAAGCCUGUGGUAACUAUGAUUAACCUCUCCCCUCAUUAUCCCCGACGGAACAUCAUAUCAACUGACUAUGCUUACCACAGGUCGGCAGCAAGGCGAUGGAUCAAGGAAGCCUUGGACAAGGCAGACAGAGCCUACGAUCGCGCCAUGGUUCACCAGGCGGAGGCAAUCCGCCAAAAUCAGCUCCGGGACGCGGAGCUGAACACAGUUCUCCAUUGGAGAGCUGAGGCAGAGAAACGCGAGGAUGCCCUUGAGGUAUUGGCUACUAUGGACGCUCGCCUGGAAGAACUUGCGGCCGCAAGGGCCGGGGCCCCUAAGGCCAAGGAGAAGGAGAAGGAGACCGUGGAGAUCGAGGAGGAGUAA